UAUUUAUCAUUCUUUGCCUUUAACAAACUUCGAAAAAAUUUAAAAUGGCGUCUUACCACAUUCGAUCAAACAGUUUUCCUUCAAAAUCCCACCCAAUUGCUGAUCAACUCGAUCAGCAACUGUGCAGAUUAAGGUCAUCUGAAACCGCCUCCACUUCAUCACUGACCGAUAAACUUAGAGGCCUUAAAGAUUUAUACAUGUGUGUUGAUGAGUUUCUUCAACUGCCCAUUAAUCAGAACACCCUAUAUGACAGAUGGGUCGAGAAGGUAUUGGAUGGAUCUUUAAGGCUUCUAGAUAUUUGUGCUACAUCUCGGGAUGUCUUGGCCCAGUCAAAGGAACGGAUCCAGGACAUACAAUCAGCCUUAAGGAGAAGGUCCAGUGGUGAACUUAACAUUACAAAUGAAGUCACCGAAUACUUGAAAACCCGAAAAACAGUCAAGAAGAUGAUCAAGAAGUGCUUAAAAGAAAUGAAACAAGUUGACAAAAUUAACGAGGAAAAUCCCGUUGAUGGCAUGCUGAAAGAUGUGCAAGAAACUACAGUUGAGACCUUUGAAUCAUUGUUGUCUUACAUUGGCGGAUCACAAAAAAGCAACUGGUCGUUCUCAAAAUUAGUCCGCGGCCAAAGAGUUGAGAAGGAAACCGCAGCAUCAAUCAGUGAAUUUGAUGCCGUUGAUGCUACACUAGAAAUGGUCAUCUCCCAAAAAAAGAAAUCAAUUGUUGAUAGGUCAAAAUUAGUUAAAUUAGAGUCGGAACUUCAAGAAAUCGACGAAGUUCUUCAAUGUUUGUUUAGAAAUCUGGUUAAGACCAGAGCAACACUUCUUAAUGUUUUUAGUAAUUAGAAAAAAACAGUAUAUAAAGCUUACUUAUGUAUAGAAAAUGUCAAUAUUAGUUAUACACAAAU